AUGAGGCCGCCGCGAAUCCCCUCGGCCCACCAGGCGGACCUGCGAUGCCUCAUCCCGCGCACGGCUUGGGGCCCCUCGGUUUCCAAUGCUAUCGCUGUUCAUAGCAUCCAGCGGUGCCGACGCUCCUUUUUCUCGGCUACAACCCCAAUGAGGGCUCCCCGCGCGGCUACAGCGACUUACAAUGCCGGCUUCUUCCUCUCGAAUCGCCUCUUCGAGCGAUCUGCCUGCCUCGAUUUCAUUGUCGCUUCGAAACGAGCGAGCCUAGCAACUGCGUCAACGACGACGGCAAGCACACAGACAGCCUCUUCCUCGAAUACAAAUGAAGAAACUACGCAGAACUUGUCAGAGCUUGCGCCUCAUCGGAGGCGGCAGGCCCGCAAGCAGAAAGAGCAGGCAGAAAAGCCUCUGCCUCAAGAUGCCUCGUCACAAUUGACCACAGCAGCCGCAGCCCAACCCUCGAACUCCCUCCGACGAACCUCCUCCAUCCUUCUGUCCCUAACCAAGCCGCGACUCACCGUCCUCGUCGUUCUUUCUGCGAUGGCGAGCUAUGCGCUGUUCCCGGCAUCCGAAAUGCUCUCUCCCUCGCUGACCGAGACCCCGAGCUUGAGCCCUCUGACGCUCUUCUUCCUUACUGUGGGGACGGCGCUGUGCUCGAGCAGUGCUAAUACCUUCAAUAUGCUGUACGAGCAGGCCACCGACGCCAAGAUGACGAGAACACGGAACCGCCCUCUGGUACGGAAGCUGAUCUCGACGCGGGGCGCAAUCCUCUUUGGAAUCAUCUCUGGCGCUGUUGGUGUUGGCUCCCUCUAUUUCGGCGUCAACCCCACAGUCUCAGCCCUCGGUUUCGCCAACAUAAUCCUCUACGCUGGAAUAUAUACCCCGAUGAAGAGAAUGUCGGCACUGAAUACGUGGGUGGGUGGCGUAGUGGGCGGCAUCCCCCCACUCAUGGGUUGGGCCGCCGCAGCCGGCGAGACGGCUACCGGGGAUGGGUCUUGGCGUGAGCUUCUCCUUGCCAGCGACGGCUCAUCUAUCGGUGGUUGGCUGAUGGCUGGCAUUCUCUUCGCCUGGCAGUUUCCUCACUUCAUGGCCCUCAGCUGGCCGAUUCGCGAGGAAUACAAGGCGGCUGGACUGCGUAUGCUUGCCUGGACGAACCCCGCGCGGAACGGCCGCGUCGCUCUACGAUAUAGCUUCAUAUUCAUCCCCCUUUGCUUGGGGCUUUGCGCCGCCAAUGUGACGAACUGGGGCUUUGCUGUUACGAGUUUGCCCAUUAAUUUGUGGCUAUGCCGCGAGGCAGUCAACUUCUGGAGGAAAGAGGGACACGGAGGUAGUGCCAGGGGGUUGUUCUGGGCGAGUGUGUGGCACCUCCCCGGUGUCAUGAUUCUCGCUCUGCUCCAUAAGAACGGCAUGUGGACUCGUGCUUGGAGGAGCGUGAUGGGCGAGGAAGCCGACGGUGAAUGGGAAGAGGAAGAGCUGGAGGCGAUGGCGAGCAUGACCGCCGCCAAGGUGGCCGAGAAGACGGCGGACCUGAAACGUCCAUAA